UGCAGAAGAGAGAAAAUAAAGCGCAAAAGGCUCCUCUUCUUCUUGCCCAAAAUGCAAGGAAGAACCCAAAACCAUUUUACUCUGUUUCUCCAUCGCUCAUACCAUCAAACUUCCCCAAUCUAAGCUCAACUCACAGAUUCUUUUCACUUUCCUUUUCUCUCUCCUCCUCUUUCCCUUUUCACAGGUUGUUCGUGUUAUUAUUUUUGAUUAUUUUACGCGGCGAAUGUAAUUAAAUUUGGAUCAUGACUAACAAGAAUGCUGACUCUUCUCAGGCGAGUGGUGGUGAUAAUGCACCUCCACCUUCGGAAGCUGCAUCCGCCCCUGCACCCGCACCGGCACCUGCAGCUGCACCCGCGCAGGGGGAAAAUGAACAUGCCCAGCCGGAUCAGCAGCAUCAUCAUGCCGGGAAUAAGGUAUACAAGAGCGGGCCAUUAUUUUUAUCUUCCAGAGGAAUUGGAUGGACCUCUUGGAAAAAGAGAUGGUUUAUCUUAACAAGUACCUCACUUGUCUUCUUCAGGAGUGAUCCAAAUGCUAUACCUCCUAAAGGGAGCGAGGCGAAUCUUACUCUUGGCGGUAUUGACCUGAACAGUUCAGGCAGUGUGGUCGUCAAAGCGGACAAGAAGCUCUUGACAGUGCUCUUCCCUGAUGGUCGUGACGGGAGAGCAUUUACACUUAAGGCUGAAACAUCUGAAGAUCUUACCGAGUGGAAAGAAGCACUAGAAGAAGCAUUGGCAAAUGCACCGAGUGCUAAUGUGAUGGGACAAAAUGGAGUUCUGAAAAAUGAUCAGUCUGACGCAGCUGAUGCUCCUACAGAACAUUCAAAAGACAGGGAGGCACCAAAAACUUUAGUCACUGGUCGACCAAUUUUACUUGCUCUAGAGGAUGUUGAUGGAACCCCAUCUUUCCUGGAGAAGGCUCUUAGGUUUACUGAAACCCAUGGAGUUAAGGUAGAAGGGAUCUUGCGUCAAGCUGCAGACGUUGAAGAAGUUGAGCGUCAAAUUAGAGAGUUCGAGCAAGGAAAGAAAGACUUUUCUCCAGAUGACGAUGCACAUGUUAUAGGAGAUUGUAUCAAGUAUAUUCUCAGGGAGUUACCCUCAUCUCCGGUUCCUGCAUCUUGCUGCACCGCACUACUAGAAGCCUCUCGUGCUGAUCGUAGCAAAAGAAUUCCUGCUAUGCGUGCAGCUAUAGCUGACACAUUUCCUGAGCCAAAUCGUCGUCUACUACAAAGAAUUCUUUCUAUGAUGCAAAUUGUGGUUUCUCACAAGGCUGUGAAUCGUAUGAGCACUUCAGCUGUUGCAGCUUGCAUGGCACCACUGCUUCUUCGCCCCCUUUUGGCUGGUGAAUGUGAGCUUGAACAUGAUUUUGAUAUGGGUGGUGAUAGUUCAAUUCAACUUAUGCAAGCAGCUGCUGCAGCCAACCAUGCUCAAGCAAUCGUUAUUACUCUACUGGAGGAAUAUAAUAAAUUUUUUGGGGAAGGCAAUGACUCUGGGUUAUAUUCCGACUCAGAAGAAAGUGGAAGUGAGAGUGAAGAGCUUAGUGAUGAUGAAUCCUUUGAAGAUGAUGAUGAUUAUGAAGAAGAAGAGGAAGAAGAAGAUGAAGGAACUGAGGGUUCAUAUACAGAAUCUUAUGAAGGUUCAGAACAUGCAUCAAGUGGAACUUGCACAGGAACUGGUGAUUCUGAGGAUUAUAUCUCUGAUGAAAAGGAUGCCAAGUCCCCUAAAGUAGAUGAUAAACUGGAGCCUCGUUUGAAAAAAUCAAGUUUAAACCAUCAGAUGAGCAGAAAGAAAUCAUUAGCAAACGGACCUAGGAGAAGUAGGCGAUCUAAUCGCUGGGCACGAACCUCUGAACAAAGGAAUUUGUCCAUGGAAUCCAUUGAGACAUCUCCCGAUGAUAGGGCCGAAGUUGAAAGGCUAGAAGUCACAAGAGCUGAUCUAAUAAACAAGAUCAAGGAGGAGGAAAAAGCAAAUGCAGCUCUAUAUGAAAAAUUGAAGAAACACAAGAAUUCUUUACAUGAACAACGUUUAAUACUUGAGCAAGAUGUGGAAAGACUCCAAGAACAGUUGCUGCAGGAGAGGGACUUGAGGGCUGCACUGGAAGCUGGUCUGGAAGUGCCCGAGGAUGAUCAUAAGGUCAAGCAGGAGCAUGAAGAAAUUCCAGAAGCAAAGCAAAAUGCUGAUGAUCAUGAUUGUUGUUUGAUGAGUGACCGCCCUCAACUGAAAGAUAAGCAAAAGGAUGCAGCUGCAAGUAUGAAACGAGGUUCCGAAACUUCUAGUAACAAGGAUGAAUCGAAUAGAGCAGAUGUUGAUAAAGAUAAAAAACAUGAUUCUAAAACCAUGGCUCACUCAGAUUCGGUACGCUCAAAACAUUCUGGAUAUCCGCCAACUUCUCCAUCAAAUGACUCAGCAGCAGGCAAGCCAUCUGCGACCUAUUCCAGGAGGCAGAAUUCCAGGGGGGAGAGCGGUACUUCUUCAAAUAAUGCACUGUCAAAGCUAACAAAUCGGCUUAACUUUCUGAAAGAAAAGAGAACCCAAAUUUCAGAGGUCCAACAUUCUGAGAAAGGGCGAUCUCAUUCUUACAAAGGGCGAUCUCAUGGUCACCCUUCUCAAAAUUCUGAGAGUCACUCAUCAGAAAUAUCCAAAGGAUCAGACCAUCACCAUACAGUCCAAAAUUCAGAGAAAGGGGCAUCAACAGAAGGUUCAGAUCGGGAUAAAAGAUCUGAUACCCAUGCGAGCCAUCUGGAAAGAGGGAAAUCAGAAAACAUGGACAAAGUUCGAGCAGCUCCUUCAAGGACAAUGUCAAGAUGAUGACUGGUGCUUGCUUUUUCCGUGUCCUCUCAUUCGUUUGAAGACAGUAGCAUACUGAGCGAAAAGGAAGCUUUAUAAUUGUAGCCCUUGACAGGAAUCUAUAAGAUGGUGUACGCAAUGCUCAAAGCAAGCUAAGCCCUC